GACCACAUUGGAGGGGAGAGCGGAGCGGGGGCGCCGCAGAGGAGCGGCCAGCACCCCGGGACCCGCACCCUAUUCUCCCCACUCCCCACCCCUGCUCCGCCCAUCCGGGGGCUGGUUGGACCCUCCCAGACCUACCCGGGGCGGGGAUAGGGGGAUAGGGGCCCCGGGUAGGGGCCUCCCCCCGGCCUGCUCAUGCACCCCCGGCCGUGACCCCCGCGGGGGGGGGGCCCGCCCGGGGCCGGGGUCGAGGUCCCAGCUCCGAGCCCCGCCGCUGAAGGUGGGGGUGGGGGGCCUGGCACCCGGCCUCCUGCCCCACCCCCCUCGGCCCUUUGGGGGGGGGCCAGGCCCUGGAAGGACCAGGGAGCUGCGGCCACCAUCAGCCCAUGGCCCGGAGGUACGAUGAGCUGCCCCACUACCCCGGCGUCGUGGACGGCACCCCAGCCCUGGCCGGAUUCCCGGAAGCAGUGCCCCCCACUUCCAGAGCCUCUGGGCCCUACGGCCCACAGCGGCCACCCCAGCCCCCCGCCCCUGGCUUGGACAGCGACAUCCUGAAGAGGGAGAAGGAUGAGAUCUACGGACAUCCCCUCUUCCCGCUGCUGGCCCUGGUCUUUGAGAAGUGUGAGCUGGCCACCUGCUCCCCUCGAGAUGGGGUGGGCAUCCCCGCACCCCUGGGCGCUGAUGUCUGCUCCUCCGACUCCUUCAAUGAGGACAUUGCCGCCUUCGCCAAGCAGGUCCGCUCCGAGAGGCCCCUCUUCUCCUCCAACCCGGAACUGGACAACCUGAUGAUCCAGGCCAUCCAGGUGCUCCGCUUCCACCUGCUGGAGCUGGAGAAGGUCCACGACCUGUGCGACAACUUCUGUCACCGCUACAUCACCUGCCUCAAGGGAAAGAUGCCCAUCGACCUGGUGAUUGAGGACCGGGACGGCGGCUGCAGGGAGGACCUGGAGGACUACCCGGCCUCCUGCCCCAGCCUCCCAGACCAGACCCACACGUGGAUCCGGGACCAGGAGGAGAGUGGGUCUGUACGCCUGGGCACCCCAGGCCCCUCCAGUGUGGGCCUCGCCUCCCAGAGCGGAGACAACUCCAGUGAACAUGGAGACGGGCUGGACACAAGUGUGGCUUCCCCCAGUUCUGGUGGAGAGGACGAAGAGCUGGACCAGGAGAGACGGCGGAACAAGAAGAGAGGCAUCUUCCCCAAGGUGGCUACCAACAUCAUGCGGGCCUGGCUGUUCCAACACCUCUCGCACCCCUAUCCAUCAGAGGACCAAAAGAAGCAGCUGGCCCAGGACACGGGGCUCACCAUCCUGCAGGUCAACAACUGGUUCAUCAAUGCUCGGAGACGCAUCGUGCAGCCCAUGAUCGAUCAGUCCAACCGCACAGGGCAGGGUACCACUUUCGGCCAAGAGGGCCCCACCAUGGGGAGCUACACAGAAUCUCAGCCUCACGUGAGCGUCAGGCCGCCAGGAUCCAUGGGGAUGAGUGUGAAUUUGGAAGGCGAAUGGCAUUACCUGUAGAGGCGAAUUCAGGACAAAUCCCCCCGCCUCCAGACUGUGAGCUCCAGGCUCCCACCUGUCUCCAGUCCCCGUUGACCCUCUGGCUUCAGGACCUCCAUCCUGCACCCCCCUACUCAACGCCUACCUCCCUGGGGCCCUGCUGGGACACUGGGGGCCUGAACCCCACCCAAGGGUCUCUCAAGGACAAAGACAAGGCCUCCAGGCCUUGCACCCCACUUCUGCCCUCACCUCUUCCCAGAACCCCAGCGAACCCCUGGGUUUGGGUCUUCAGAAAGUGGUGGAUGGGUCCUUUCCUCCCUCUAGGGACCAAGAAGAGACAGGGUGGGCCGGGGACAUGAGGGAAGGAAGGUCCCCCGGACCCGAUGUUUGGGAGAUAUUCCCUUCAUGCUCCCAGUCCUCCCUCUCCCUCCUCCUCCUCUGAUGUCUUCUACUUUUUUUU